AUGUUCCAGCCUCGUUACUGUGUGAUACGACGUUUUUCAAUUAUUAGAAGGCAAAGUUCAUGGACUGAAGGUGGUUCUGCACAAUUGAAGAAAAUAAGUGCGAGAGAUGCGCGAUUAUUACCUCAAACGUUGACAGGUAAGACAAACAGCUUACAAAUUGCAUUGAAUCCUGAUGUAGCUAAAGCUAUUGGAAAUAACAUUUUAUCAUUACACAUCCCAAAUAACAUUCGAAGAGUGGCGAAGAAUCAACUCUUGGAGCUCGAUAAAAGUAAAUUACAUAGUAUUCCUAAAACGCCACUAGAAAUUGAUUCGCAUAUUGCCACAUUUUUACUUAAGGAUUAUGCUGCCACCUUACAGGUGUUGACAGAUUUGAAAAAUAGGAUUGGUCAAUUCAAGCCCCAGCGAGUUCUUGAAAUUGGUCUAGGCCCGGCCACUGGCAUGUUAGCAUUUAAUGAUGUCAUGGGACCGGAGUAUAAAUGUAAGGAGAAAGAAUCUGUCAUAUUAUCUGGGAUAGAAAUGCAAAAGAGAGCAAAGAUCUUACUAAGCAGACAGUACAGUGAAGUAAUAGCUGCAGACACUGAAAUGCUGAAUCCUAAUGAUGAAAUUAUCGAUGGCGAUGACUUAAUUGGUGAAGUAAAGACUAAAAAAAUCAAGAUUAGAACUAAAUUAAGAAGUGACUUACCCACAAAUAAAGAAUAUGACUUAAUUAUAUUAAAUCAUCAACUCUUACAAAAUUCUAGGAAGUUUCCCUUACAAGUUGAUGAGAAUAUUCAUAAAUUUUUAAAAUUGCUUGCACCUGAUGGAUAUAUCAUACUUAUUGAACGUGGCACACCAUUAGGCUUUGAAAGUAUUGCCAGGGCGAGGCAAUUGAUGAUUCGCCCUGAAAAGUAUCCCAAUGAGGCUGGUAAGAUUCCAAGACCAUACUUGAUUGGAUCUACGACAAAAGAUGAUGAAUCAAACGCUGAUUAUCAUUUAGAGAUUAUUGCACCAUGUUCACACCAUGGUAGCUGCCCAUUACAAACGCUGAAUCCCAAUUUUUACGAGUUGAAGGAAGGUACACGUCUAAAUUAUUGUUCAUUCGAGAAAUCCGUCAAGAGACCUAAAUAUACGAUAGAACUAAAAAAAGGUAAAUUGCUAGCGACAUCGUGGACUAGUGAAUCGUAUGAUACUAAGAAGCACAAGGAUUUAGCUGGGUCCGGUAGGCCUCAUGGUAAUAAUUUUGAAACGGUGAAAUAUUCUUAUCUUGUUGCUAAGAGAUCAGUAAACGAUCUAGAAACCAUUGCGAGGAUUAAUAAAGUGCGAGAAGAAUCAAAAGACACUGGAAUGUGCCCUAUUGGAUCAUUAGGUGAUGGUACACCAAAUACCUGGCCAAGAAUUAUUGGCGCACCAAUUAAACGUAAGGGUCACGUCAUCUUAGAUUUAUGUGGCAGUUCUGGAGAAAUUGAGAAAUGGAUUAUACCGAAAUCAUUUUCUAAAGCUGCGUACCAUGACGCUAGAAAGGCACACAAGGGCGAUCUAUGGGCGUUAGGAGCCAAGACGAAGAUGAAAAGUUUGAAGAAGAUUAAUAUUGAUAAAUUCAAAGAAAUAGAGAAGAAGAUGAUUAAAGAUAUGAAGAAGGAAGCUAAGAAACGUGAGAGGGAAAUUAGCGAGAGAUUUAACGAGUUAGAAAAUUCCGAUGAGAAGAAUUCUACUGAUCCUGUAAAUAGCAUGAAAGAAUUAUCCGAAAUUUAUGGCCAUUAUUUUAAUCAACAUUAG